GACUUUGAAGGGGCGUUCCGGCUCGCAGGAAAGCGGCAAACGCUUCAGAGAGCGAACGUUCGCCGGCGAGGACAUCGCGCAGCUCCACACUUCACUUCAGCAUGACAUCAAGAUCUUCUCCUCACGGGAGCAGCGAUGCUUGCAGACUGCGGCCGCUUUUGCCAAAGGUCUCCUGAGCCUCAAUGGCGCUCUGCCCUCCAUCGUUACGGAGCUCGUGAACACCCUGGAAGAUUCCGAAUGGGGUGGCCCUAGUGGUAUCAAGGAAGGCCGGAUGAGCGAGUGGCAGAACAAGCCGUGGGAAGAAGUUGAACAGUUGUUCGGGUUUCGCGCAGAUGACUCCCU